UGGGCCUUGUAGUUGCCAAGUCCAGCCUCCUUCCUCACCCCGAGGCAACUGCCGGAGCCCCUGGCCAGAGGGCCAGCUUCCUCAUCUCUGCAUCCUUGCUCUGCAGAAGCCCCAGUAAGCCCUUUCUGAACACGAGAAAGUCCUUCCAGGAUCUGGAGCGUGAUCUGGCACCUUGCUAGGGACAAGGUAGUGAGAGGUUUCCAGAGAAAAUCCUACCCCAGUAAGGAGGAAGGAAUGGUUGACCCAUCUCUACAUCACCUCUGCUCAGUACAGGUGAGGACCAUGUCUCUGUUUCCAUCGCUUUCUGUCCUUCUCCUGAGUGUGGUGACAGCAUCUUGCUCAGAAACAGAACCCUAUGACAACCUCCCAAAGACCUGCCCUGUGAUCACCUGCGGUUCUCCAGGCAUCAACGGCUUCCCAGGCAAAGACGGGCGUGAUGGUGCCAAGGGAGAAAAGGGAGAGCCAGGCCAAGGGCUCAGAGGCUUACAGGGCCCUCCUGGAAAGUCGGGGCCUCAAGGAAUCCACGGGUUUCCUGGGUCGCCAGGAAUAGCAGGCCAAAAAGGAGACCCUGGGACAUGUCCAGUGUGCGAUAGUGACCUGGCUGCUUCAGAAAGAGAAGAUCUGCGAUCAGAGUUGGACCGUAUAAAAAAAUGGUUCAUCUUCUCUCAGGGGAAACAAGUUGGGAAGAAGUUAUUCUUGGCCAGUGGUAAACUGAUGCCCUUUGCCGAAGUGAAAGCUCUGUGCGCCGAGGUCCAGGGCUCUGUGGCGACGCCCCUGGAUGAGCGUGAGAACAAGGCCAUCCAAAAUAUGGCCGCGGGAGGGGCCUUCCUGGGCAUCACCGAUGUGGAGACUGAAGGCCAUUUUGUGGAUCUGAUGGGAAGGCCUGUGACCUACCAAAAUUGGAACAGUAAUGAGCCCAACAAUGCUGACUCUGGGGAAGACUGUGUGAUUAUCCUGAGAGGUGGCAAGUGGAAUGACGUGUCCUGCUCAUCCUCCUCUUUUGCAGUGUGCGAGUUCCCUGUCUGAGGGGGCAUGUCCCUCAGCCCCACACCCCUACGCCCCGUCCCUUUACCUCAUCUCAGGCCCACAGUCUGCUUUGAAAGAUAAAUCUGUAUCCAUUUUCCCAUAGCCAGUAUUGAUUUUGCCCUUUGUGGAGAAUCAGAGGCAAUGAGAAUAGAUUGAAUGAUUAGAUGUGGAACGUGAGAAUUGAGAAGAAACUGACAGGGGUACAAUGAAAGUUUCUGGUUCAGACCCAGUCACUGAUAAUAAUCACUAACAGCAACUACCACCAAAUCGUAUCAGCAGUAGUAACUAGUAGCAACAAUAGUAGUAGUACUGAUAAUAUAUAUUUAAUGUUUACUGUGAAUCAGACCCUAUGUAUAUUAUGUAUCUUAUAUUAUCUAUGGUAUCCAAGUAAUUUAUGUAACAUUAGUAUAAUUUAUAUAGUUUAACUAGGUUAUGCACUUUUGUUUGAGUAAUGUUAAUUUGCUAAGGUUUAAAAAUAAAAUGGAUUUCUUUUUCCCAAUUACUAUAAA